CAGAGAGAGAGAGAGAGAGAGAGAGAGAGAGUUCAUAGCUGCCGGGAUGGUCGCCGGCGGCGACUGGAGCUCGCCGCCCGCCGAACAGCCAAAAUGUUCCCCAUUUUUCCUUCUUCAGGAGCCAAUCUGCUUCCACCAUGGCAACGCCCUUGAGGUUUCCGUAUGAUUUAGCUUUCCUACUCCUACUUUCGAGGAUCGCCGGGAAGGUGGAGGAGCCGCGCGCCCUGGUGGUGCGGUGGCGGUGUCUACCCCUCGUCAGCACGAGGUGUUUGUGGAAUUGUCCGUAAGCGCGCGGUCUCUUCCCCGCGAAGCAAGGAUGUGGAUGUUCUUUUUGGAGAAAAAGGAUCUGGCCCGCCGCCUUUUCUGUGUGCAUAUGGGACACGAGCGGAAGGUGUUCGUGCAAAUGCGGCAGACAGCACAGGUAGGCAGUUCUUGCUUUGGAUGUGGUGGGAUCGGAGUACUGGAUUUCACACAAGUUUGAUGAUGCUGCACGAUUGCAGUCAACAAGGUCAUUUUACUAGAUCUCUGUCAACAAUAUGGGAAUACAGAGUUCUCCCUGUAACUGAAAUCUAGCGGUUAAAGAUGCUGAUGAUCCUAAAAUCAAGUCAAAUGCGGCUGUUGUAUCUACUUUCUCAGACAAAGACAAUGGGGGCCUGGACCUGGAUAGUCUUGAACUCUUGAUGGCAAGGUUUUUCUUUUGGUCCUAGUUCAUCAACACAUCAGUAUAUAUUUUUUCUUGUUGUGAACUUGCGAUGAUUGUGCGGGCAGUUCAGACCUUCAAGCAGCCUGUCAUCCAUGUGGCAGAUAAUUGGUGACCUGCUGAGAAGCUGCAGGCCUGAGAAAUGAAGCAACAACCAGAUAUCAGGGAACAAACUGAACAAACAAAAUUCUUUAACCUGUUCCGGUGGGAAACAACUAGGAUUCAUCAUAUCAUAUGGCGUUAGUUGAGAUAUCAAGCUGGACUGGCUCCAAAACUAGUUAAUUAAAAUAAUCCACAAGGCAAGUUAAUUCACUUAAUUCUUCUUCUCUCUCGUUUUAUACAAGACCUGGACCUUGAUAGUCUUGAUGCCAGGUCUUUGUUUUUUUAGGUCCCCCUUCCUCGGAUCAACACCUCAUCUAUAUAAUGCUGAAACCAGCGUUGGCUGAGGUGAGUGGAUCAUCAAAUAUCCUUCAUCCUUCCUAAGUUGCUGCUGCUAGAGUAAACUGAUCAAAGGCUUGUCAAAGAAAUUAAUCAGGUAUGGUUAUAGAGGUGUGUUGCUGCCUGGGGCUGGCUGCGAAUGUAGCGCAGCUGGCUGGCCUGGACGUCAUCACGCUUGUCAAGGUAAUCAAGAGUCGCGUCGAGACAGUCCGCCAGAACAAGGAGGACUGCGAGCUGCUCGCCGAACGCGCGGACAUGAUCCUUGAUCUGCUACGGCGGGUUCAGGCAUCCAAGGUCAUCGAGGACCCUGACAUGUGGAAGCCCACAGAAGGGCUCAAGUCGACACUUUGCAGGGCAGGUGCAAUCGUUAAAUCCUGUCAGGAGGAGUGGAGCUAUGCGUACCGUUUCUGCAAGGGCGGACGCAUCGCCAGAGAGCUGCGCAAGGUACUCAAGGAUCUCAAGUUUUACAUCCUCCACCUGAUAGGAAUGAUCACCAUCAUCAACCACGAUCAAAACACUCGUUACUAUUAUAUCCCGGAGACUGAUGUUGUUAAGCCGCAGGAUGCUACAGCUUCCAACGCUGGAAAGCCUGUUGCUCUAGAAGAAACAGGCCUUAAAAAGUUCACUUUGUCUGAGUUGGAGGUUGCUACAGAUAAUUUCUCUCUGGAAAAACAAAUCGGUAUAGGUGCUUUCAGCAUCGUGUACAAGGGCCAACUAAAUGAAAUGCCCGAAGUUGCUGUGAAAAGAGCAUCGUAUGUUAACAGAAUUCCAUUUGACCAGCUCGAAAAUGAGGCUAAAAUAAUUUCAAAGCUUCAGCAUACAAAUAUAGUUAAACUUCUAGGAUAUUGCAGCCAAGAGAGAGAGAAGAUACUGGUCUUCGAGUAUAUGCCAGGCAGAAUCUUAGAUUCAUUCAUAACUGGUGAGCGAGCAGAAGAGUUGCCUUUGGACUGGUCUAAGCGCUCCCAAAUAGUUAAAGGGAUAGCUGAUGGAGCUGUAUAUCUACACAAGCAAUGUGAGCCACGUAUUAUUCAUGGCGAUCUGAAACCAGGCAACAUACUCCUGGAUGCUGCCUUGAAACCCAAGAUUUGUGACUUUGGUACAUCGAAAGCACUUAGGCCAGGUCAGGAUAUGGACUGCACCGGCAUUGUGGUGGGAUCACGUGGAUAUAUGGCCCCUGAAUAUAAACAGGGAGGGUGUGUCUCUCUCAAGACAGAUGUGUACAGCUUUGGCGCUACGCUUCUCGAGAUCAUUAGAGGAAGUCGCAUCCCUCCGUCUACAUUGGAGCUUUCUGAUGAAUCGCGCGAUUUUGGGCCUCUAAAUAAGUGGGCGUGGGAAUUGUGGAGAGGAGGAAACCUGAUGGAGUUCAUCGACCCUUCGCUGCGCGGAGAGACUCAUUCUGCAGCCGAGAUACAGGGGUGGGUUCAGAUAGCGCUGCUGUGCGUUCAGCGUGUUGAAAUUAUAAGCACAUAAUGAUUUAAUUUAUUCCAUAAAUAAAUCAUGACAUUGCAUAUGUGAACUA